AUGAGUACUCCAGCAUUAGAAUAAAAUAGAAAAAAAGCUAUCUUACUGAUACAUCAAGGAAAAAAACUAUUCAUGGGAGGCAAAACAUAUGAGAUUAAACAAUAAGGAUUUCUACUAAUGAAAUAAGGAUGUAUAGAGCUUAACCAAUAUUCAAAGGAAGAACCUUAAGAAGACUACAAGAGCCUAGCUAAAUAGAAGACUUAUUAGUAUUAUUGUGAACUUGAAUAAAUGAAACAAUAUUUGUUGUCUAAAGUAGAGUUUGCAAAAGAUCAAUAGAAUAUAAUUUAGGAUAAAAACUUAAAAAAUUAAAAUUAAAUUAUUGAAAAUUAAAAUUAGAGAAUUAAUAUAGAUAAUAUAAUAAUCAAAGAAAAGCUGAAUGUCUUUUGGGAAGACAUAGCUGGACUAGAAUAAGCCAAAUAAUCUUUGAAGGAAGCUGUCAUUCUGCCAUUACAACAUCCAAAUUUAUUUCAAGGGACUCUCAAACCUUGGACUGGUAUCUUAUUAUAUGGGCCUCCAGGCACAGGUAAAACAUUUUUAGCAAAGGCUUGUGCAACAGAGAGUCAUGGCACCACCUUUAUUAGCGUUUCAAGUGCAGAUUUAAUUUCUAAAUAUUCUGGUGAAUCAGAAAAGUCAAUCAAAGAACUAUUUUAAUUAGCCAGAUCUAAAAAACCUUCUAUAAUCUUUAUUGAUGAAGUUGAUUCUUUAGCUAGUGAUAGAGAAAGCUCUGGAUCUUCAGAUAAUCUCAAAGGUGUUAAAAAUUAACUGCUAAUCGAAUUCUAAGGAAUUGGAUCAAAUAAUGAUCAAGUAUUAAUUUUGGGAGCAACCAAUUUACCCUGGGCUAUUGAUUCGGCUAUCAGAAGAAGAUUUGAAUAACGAAUUUACAUUCCUCUUCCGGAUUAUAAAGGGAGAUUUUAUCUAAUUUAAAAUUAACUAAGAAAAACACCCAAUUGCCUAACUUUAGACUAGAUGAAAGAACUUGCAAAUAAAUUAGAUGGAUAUUCUGGAUCUGAUAUCAAUAAUCUUAUUAGAGAUGCAUCUUUGGAAUAGCUAAGGAUUUUGUAAAAGGCAACUCAUUUUAAAAGAGUAUAAAUUUAAAAUCAAAUGAAAUAUACUGUUUGUUCUGCCUCUGAUCCACAGGCUGAAAAAAUUACAAUGAAGAGUAUAGAAAAAGGUUAAAUAUUUGUACCUGAAAUUUUAUAUGAUGACUUCUUAGCUGUACUUCCAAAAUGCAAGCCUAGUGUUUCAAAGGGUGAUUUGGAAAAGUAUGAAGAUUGGACUCAAUAAUUUGGAUAAAAAGGAUGA